AUGUCUGCAGAAGCUGGUGAGAACGCCCCCGCUCUUGUCGUGGAUAACGGUUCGGGUCAGGUGAAGGCCGGUGUGGCCGGAGAUGACGCUCCUUCGUCUGUAUUUCCUUCGAUUGUGGGUACGCCCAAGUUGGUUGGAGUGAUGGCUGGUGUGGAGAAGAAGGACUUUUACAUUGGUCAUGAGGCGCAGGCGAAGCGAGGUGUCUUGGCGUUGAAGUACCCUAUUGAGCACGGUGUCAUUUCGAACUGGGACGAUAUGGAGAAGAUAUGGUAUCAUACCUUUUAUGAUGAGUUGCGUCGUAACCCAGAGGAGCAUCCGGUGUUGUUGACGGAGGCGCCUAUGAACCCGAAGACAAACAGAGAGAUGAUGAUUCGAAUGAUGUUCGAGACCUUCCAGGUCCCGGGCGCCUACGUCGCUAUCCAGGCCGUGUUGUCGCUGUACGCCUCGGGUCGUACCACCGGUAUAGUAUUUGAUUCCGGUGACGGUGUAAGUCACACUGUACCUAUCUACGAAGGUUUCGCCAUGCCCUCGUCCAUCCGCAGACUGGAUCUCGCUGGCCGCGAUUUGACAGAAGUCAUGCAGUCGCUACUCACUCUUGCCGGCUACUCUUUCACUUCUUCAGCUGAAUUCGAAAUUGUGCGCGAUAUCAAGGAACGUCUUUGCUACGUUGCCGACGAUUUUGAGGCGGAGCUCGAACGUCUGAAUACCGCCGAAGGGUUCGAAGACAUUAACCGUCAGUAUGAACUGCCCGACGGAAACAUCAUCGAGGUCAACCGUCCUAGGUUCGAAUGUGCGGAAGUGCUCUUUAACCCGUCGCUUGUGACCAAGGAAAUGGAAGGCAUCCACCAGGAAGUUUACAACUCCAUUGGCCGUUGUGAUAUCGAUACCCGUUCCGCCCUCUACAGCAACAUCGUCAUGUCCGGCGGUACAACCCUCAUCGACAACGUCAACAACAGACUCGAACGCGAAGUCGUCAAAAUGGCCCCCGCCUCCCAAAAGGUCAAGGUCAUUGCCCCGCCCGAACGUAAGUACUCUGUCUGGAUUGGAGGCUCAAUCGUCGCUUCGCUUUCCACAUUCGACACCAUGUGCAUCUCCAAGAACGACUACGCCGAGGAAGGCGCCUCCAUCGUGCACAGAAAGUGCUUCUAA